ACCGCUCGGUUAUUAUUAGUGGAAGGGAGCUCUCCGUUGUGUGCGCCAGGCAGUCACUCCUGCUCUACGAGAGCCUUUUCUCGGAUUUACCCGUGUACUUUUCUACAAGUUCGCCUCGACAGGACUCGGUGUGGAGUCUGAACGCACCCACGGGGCAUGAAAGUGCGGCGGGCGUUUGAAAGAAAGUAAAGAGGAGGCUGACGCUGCGUUUGAUGGCUGCUGGGGAUGGAGCCCAGCUGCCGGCCACAGUAGCGGCCAGCCGGAGCGUGGAGAAGGCGCUGGAGGAGGCUGCAGCCAGCGGGGCUCUCAACUUAACCAACCGCAAACUGAAGGAGUUUCCCCGGAGCGCCAGGAACUACGACCUGUCCGACAUUACACAUGCAGAUCUGUCGAAGAACCGUCUGUGCGAGCUGCCUGAGGAGCUGUGUCAGUUCAUAUCGCUGGAGACUCUGAGCCUGUACCACAAUGGGAUGCGUUCACUGUCCUCCAACCUGGCAAACCUGCAGGCCCUCACCUACCUCAACCUCAGUCGAAACCUCCUGUCCAGCCUGCCCCUGUCGGUGUUCCAGCUGCCCCUCCUGAGAGUUCUCAUCGUCAGUAACAACAAGCUGUCCACGCUGCCUGCCUCCAUAUACGCGCUCACACACCUCCGCCAGCUGGAUGUGAGCUGUAAUGAGCUGCAGAGUUUGCCUCCAGAGCUCGGGCAGUUGGAAAGUCUGCGCGACCUGAACCUGAGGAGGAACCAGCUCACCUCGCUGCCUGAAGAAAUCUCCGAGCUCCCUCUUGUCCGCCUCGAUGUUUCCUGUAACCGUAUUUCCCAUGUUCCUGUGUGCUACCGGCACCUGCGGCACCUCCAGAGCAUCUCCCUGGACAACAACCCACUCAUCAUGCCCCCCGCACAGAUCUGUUCCAAAGGCAAAUACCACAUCUUCAAGUACCUCAACAUGGAGGCCUGCAAGAGGAGCACAGACGAGCUGGAGAGGCACCUCCGGCCCACCGGCUUCAACAGCUGUCUGUCGGAGCAGGAGCUGUUCACUGGUCAGUUUGGAGGGCUGGACUCAGGUUUCAACAGUGUGGACAGUGGCAGUAAGCGCUGGUCUGGGAAUGAGUCUGCAGAUGACUUCUCCGAGCGCUCCCUCCGACUGGCCGAGGUCAGCAGAGAAACGCGCAACCUGGAGGAGGAGGAGGAAGAAGAGGACGUGGCCCAUAUACAGUCCACCAAAGUGAAUGGAGACGUGGAGCAGGUGGACUUCAUCGACAGCAGUGUGACGGAGGAGGAAGAGGAGGAGAUGAGGACGGACGCCCCCACACCCCCCCUCACCACACCUCUCCUGGAGCUGAAGGAAAGAUGUGGAGCCCCUCAGAGCAACGAGUCCUCAACAACACGCAGGUCCAGUCUCCACGUGGACACCUGCAGCCCCUCGUCCACGUCUUCGUCCCCCGUCCUAUCCCCGUCCAGUCCCACCCUGGAGGAGCGCAGACGUCCAGGAACGCUGCAGAUCUGGCAAGAGCGAGAGAGGCAGCAGCAACAGCAGAAAGAGAAGGCCAGUUUGCUGAGGUCGUCCAGCAAGGCAGGAAGUCACGUGACCCCUGCUUCACACACAGGAAGUCUAUCAGGUGGCAGUUCACCAGAGAGCAACAGUUCCCAAACAGGUCUGCGCCAAAGAUGUGCAAGCGCAGAGCAAAUGAGAAGUGUGUCACCGUGUCUGCAGCGCUCUACUAGCAGAACAGAUGCCCCCUCCUCUCCAAAGACAUCCUCUCCGCCCGGUCAGGCUCCCAAACCCAACAGCUUCCUUUUCCGCACCUCAUCCCGCAGCACAGUCAAGUCACCAGGGACAACACUCAGCGAAUCUGGCCGAAGUGAGUCUCGAAUGACCCUGCGCUCACCCAAAGAUGACAGACCAGACGUCACACAGAUACGCAGGGCUCUUGAGACCCGUUUGAAGAUCACUCUCCCUGAAGACCUGGGGGAGGCGCUGUCCAACGGCACUGUGCUCUGUCAGCUCGUCAACCACAUCCGGCCCCGAUCUGUGUCCAUCAUCCACAUCCCCUCUCCUGCUGUGCCAAAGCUCAGCCCGGCCAAGUGUCGACUGAAUGUGGAGAACUUCAUCUCUGCAUGUCGCAAACUGGGGGUUCCCGAGAUGGACAUGUGUGCGUGCUCUGAUGUGCUUCUGUGUAAACUGCCCGCUCUGCUGCGCUGUCUGGGAGCCCUGCUGGCCCUGGACAUAAGGGGGUCGGGGGAAGACCUGGUCCCCGCUGGUCCCUUGUCCUCCUCCCAGUCGUCGCUUCUGUCCACAGACUUCCUGCUCUUCUACAGCGCUGCCAUGGCGCUGCUCUACGUGCUCUACUGUUACCUGCUCACAUAAAGACACUGGCCGUCCUCCAUGUGCCCGCAUACAGCUGCUGCAGAGGGGGCACCCUGCAGCUCAGCACCUUGUGACAAACAGCAAAACAAAGCUCUUUCUGUAGAAUGGAGGUUCUAGCAAACACAAGCACUACACAGAGCACAGGACAGAGAUGCCUUAGCCUUUAGCCUUUAGCCUCGCCUUGUCCCUCCGACGGCCGCACAGCAUGUUUGAAACAAGAGGAGCAGAGGAGCAGGACAGAGCUGCCCACAGGCACACAGCCCGAGCUUCACUCAGCAGUGAUUCGGUAUGGACUGUUGCUUUGUACGAUGAAAUAACACAUUUCAUUUGUCACUGCAGAAAUUGUUAUUGUCCAUGAACAUUGUUUGAAUACAGUGAUGUUCAUGAGUAGACACAGCGAGUCCAUUUAAGUGAAGGAGUGUACAGUGGCAUGUUGCAGUCGGGAAAGCGCAUGUUAAUGGGAACAAGUUGCAUCCAGAACUUUAGAGAAACAAAGAGCAGGGUAUCGAAAGAAAUAAGAUGAUUGUCCAGUGAAAUCUUGAAUCUCGGCCCGGCCUGCUGUGCCUGAGCAGCUCUGUCUUCUCCAAACCUUCCCUUUAAAUAUGAAAUGUGAAUGUGACUUUAGCCUUUACAUGAAGCCAGACUUACUGACUGACCACUACACCAACCACGUGAGACAGCAGGUGGCGCUGUUGUCUGCGCCAAACUGACGGUACAAACCCUCUAAUUCCAGGAGGUUAUGAAUUUAGAAUUUAGAGUUUGGUCUUUGGAGUUCAUUUGGACCAGACCAGUUUCAUAUUCUUUUGUAAAAAUGUAAACAUCUUAAAUUAUUGUUCUUUUCUUUAUUUAUUUUGUGUUGAUCAGUUCUACGAUAUAGGCUUCGGUAGAAUCAGUUAGCUAAUCAGCAUUAAGCCUUGAGAAAGCAUGGAGUGUGCUUAAAAUAAUGCACACACAGGUCAACCCAUAGUGAUCAAUAUUCAAUUAUACUCAGUUUAAAUAUCAUUGAUUGUUGAUGUUAGCCUAACAUCGGACUGGUAAAUCACUGAUCCUUGGAGGCUACAUCUAACACAAGUGGACUGAGCUUUUUCCACCUUAAAUCGAUCCCGGUUCAGCAGCUCAGCCUGAUUAGAGCUCACUGCACUGGUGGGAGUCCUAACACUAAUGCCAACACUACACAUCAAAGUCAGACUAGAGGGACCUAGACUCAAGUGAACUUAGCUAAUAUUUGUGUCACUGGGAGAGCAACGCUGUCUGGUGUUUAUAAUGUGCAGUUCUAAUUAUUUUCAGGUACAUUUAGGGCGAUAUGAAAAGAAAAAAAUGUUCUAAGUUUUUUUAAGUUGAUGUUCAUAUAAUAAGAUGCAUUUCAAUAUUAAUUUAUGUUAGGGGAUGUAGCCAGGCUGGCGUCACCUAGUGCCUCCGCUCAAUUUCAUUUCUUUUCAGCAACUAGGUCAGGAAUCGGAAUACACUAGACCAGACAUGUCCAAACUGUGGCUCAUGAGCCAAAUGCAGCCCUUAGACAAUUUUUUCUUGGCCCUCAGGCUUCCAGGUGAAUUGGCCCAAAUGACCUUGCAUCAAUUAAAAAUGAACUUUUUACUGCAAGUGUUUUGAAAAUCUACCUUGAUACAGUUAAUAUUUAAUAUUUAGUGUGCUGUUUUAAGGAUCUUAGCAUGAAUAAAGACUGAUGGCUCAUUCUAAUGUGUUAAACAUGCACAUAUUUAAAUUACUCACUGUAUUCAGCACCAGUCUACGGCCCUCGAUCAGCCCUCUGCUUUGUCUGUGUUUAGAUAUGUGGCCCUUAAUGAAAAAAGUUUUCAGCCCUGCACUAGACAUAUUUGCAAAAAUCUUGGAAGUGCGAGUUCGGGCAUCAGCAAUUCAGCGAAGAGCCAUACAUUCUGUGCUGGCAAGGAUUCCUGAGAUCGCGGAUUUAAAGCCAGAACAAAGAGAAUGUUUGGUGAAUUUUAUCAAGCGGAAAGACAUUAUUGCCCUUCUUCCUACAGGAUUUGGGAAAAGCUUAAUAUACCAGUUAACUCCGUUAGCGGCGGAUUACAUACAUCACAACCAAAUAGCGAUUGGCUAUUGGUUAAAUUUAAAAAGUACCCACCUACUGUCAAGCAAACGAAUCCUAAUGCUGUAAGUACAGACGGUUUCUACAAAGUGAGACCAGCUGAUGAAUCAGGCUAGUUAGGGAUGUAAAAAUAACCAAAAUAUUGUGAUACUGUAUCGUCAAAAGUCUCACAAUAACAUCAUGGACUGUCACAAUAUAUCGAACUACAAGUCUCUACUUAAAUUCAUUGUUAUGGUGCAGCGAUAUCUAAAAAAAAAAAACAGAGGGAACUACAUAGACCAUGAUCCUUUGGUGUUACCAUUGGACACUUAUAAAUCUUAAUUCUUCAUAUUACAACAGUACCAUUAUUAACAGUGUCAGUGUUUUUUUAAAGAAGUACCGAUAAGCAGCAUAUUCAGUUUUGUUAGCCUCUAUAAAUAUUGCAAUAAAUAUGAUACCGUGAGAUCCAUAUUGUGAAAUUUGGAUAUCGUUACAUCCCUAGUUUCCGUAAGACAAACAUUACAAACUUUUAAUCGUUCAAAACCUCAUGCUUUUACUGAGAGCAGACUCCAUUAAAAUUACUCAAUUACUGGCGAUAAGAAAUGACUGAAUCCCUAUUAAAAUUGCCCAAUCCCAGUUGUGAUUUCUUAGAAAAUGUCUCAUAUUAAUAUGGCAUUUCUCCAAGUUUUGAAAAAAGUUGACAUUUUUAAAGAAUUACCAGGAAACCAGAACUAAACUUUCUGUUCAAUAUUAUGACCAGAUCGUCUGUCAAUCCCAGUGACACAAUCCAGCAUGUAAACAAAAGCCAUUCUGUUCAAAUAGCACUAUUGUUUUGUAAGAUGACUCGCAGAUCCUGGGAAAUGUAGUCCGUCCAUGACACGUCUCAGACACUGUCCACUGUAAAAUAUACACCCAACGCCUGUUUAAGCUUUUUUAACGAGAGUAUCUAGCCUGCUGUUCCGAUGAACUUUCUACUGGUUGAAUGCAGAUGGAUAUUUUGUAAACUGGAGAAGCACCUACAUCAACCCGACCUUGCUAUAUUCUUUAAUACGUUAGUGAAGCAGAAAUAUUGUUGUACUUUAUAUUUAUAUCUUACCUUAAGAAUCUUUUUUGAGUUUAUAUAAAUCUAUAUGGAAGUUUUUUCUCCUUGUUGUAAAGAAAUUAUUAAAAACUUUGAACAUG